GAAGACACUGCUGACAUCGCGAUGUGUGGGGACUGUGUGGAGAAAGAAUACCCGAACCGGGGUAAUACCUGCCUUGAAAAUGGAUCUUUCUUGCUGAACUAUGUAGGCUGUGCAAUGUGCAAUAAACGAGAUUUUAUGCUGAUUGCAAACAAGUCCAUGAAAGAGGAAGAUGGAGAAGAAAUAGUUACCUACGAUCAUAUAUGUAAGAAUUGUCAUCACAUAGUGGCCAGACAUGAGUAUACUUUCAGUGUCAUGGAUGAAUAUCAGGAAUACACCAUGCUGUGUCUGUUAUGUGGCAAAGCAGAAGAUUCUAUCAGUGUCCUCCCUGACGACCCCCGUCAAAUGGCUCCAUUGUUCUGAACAUCCUGCCACCGUUUUACUGUGACUACGUCACUGUGUUGGCUUAGAGUGAUAGUAUCACAUCACAUUCUGUUUUCAGUUCAGAUGGUUUGCUUGCUUUUCAAAGUUUGGAAUUGAUUAUGCUUAAAGGAAAAAAAAAAUAUUCUAAGGAGUUGUCUUUCCCUAGAGUUGAGCCUCCUAGCACAGCCUUCUGUUGACAUCACUAGAAUCAGAAUGGUACUAGCAGCUGCAUGUCUCAGGGAGGAAUGGAACAACUUAAAUUGCCCCAACAAGUAUAUCUUUAGAGGAGGAAUUAAGUGUCUCUCCUUGUUAAGCAAAAUAAAUGCUGGUCUACAAAUCA